AUGUCUGCCACGCAUGCGAACACUGAUUUUGCGGCUGCAGCCCGGCCCACCUUCCUUCCCAACCGGCCUCUCCAGCCUCGGGGAGCUCCUUCCCCGGUCCGGCCACACAGCCCCCACCUACCCGCCACUCCGCACAGAUUCCGGCCCGAGACGCGCCUCCCCGAGGCUUUGGCCGCCCCAAACCCGGCCCCUUCGGCCACGGGGAGCCCGGGCCUCGAGAAACCGACCAGCUGCUGUCGCCAAGGGGUAAGGUUACCGCUCCGCUCCGCGGCCUGCAACCCGGCCACCUGCAGGGCCUGGCAGGCGCCCGAGCUCUCCCUCCUGCCCGCGGCCCGCGCUGGGACAGGACGGGCCGCCGCCCGGGAGACGGGGAGGCCGGCGGCCCCUCGCGACCCGCGGCGACCCCGCCGCCGGGCCCCCACCCCGGCUCCCGGACGUCCUGCGGCGUCAGCGCCGCCCCCACUGCCGCUCACCCGGGCCGGGACAGUCUUGUGUCGGAGAGACCGCGCAGCGCGAGAGGGCCGGGGGAGGUGGCCGGAGGGAGAGCAAGGGGGAGCGCGCCCAGCACCGCUUCGGCCUCCUCCACCCGCCAAGGAGGGGAAAGAGGAGAGCGGAGAGCACAACAGCCCGCGCCUCGAACCCGCCGCCGCGCGCGCCCGCCGCCGCCUCAGCCUCGGGGGAGGCCACUACGCUCGUGCCCGCGCACGCCGCGCAGCUCUCCCAGUCGUCCCAGCGCCCGCCCGCUUUUCGCCGCCCACUCGCCUUCCUGCUGCGGCCACCUCCCCCGCCCCUCCUCUGCUCGCACGCCUGCGCCCUUUCCGGUCGCGCAGGCCAAUGGCAGCGCGCCCCCAUUACAUAAGCGCCAGGGGGCGGGGCCUGGCGGCGCCGGCGACCCCUGCGAGACGGGAACUGCAGGGGACGUCGCCCUCUGUCCCCGGUGCCCCUCCUCUCCCGCGUGCGCUAUGUAGGCGGCUUCAGCCGGCGCCGCGCCGCGUGUUCGCUGUCCUGCUGGGUGACGGCCCGCGGCGUGUUUCACAAGUCGCUCGCUAGCACACUCACUCGGGCGGCGGCCAGCCUCGGCCCCCGCGGCCCUUCGCACUCGCCUCCCGCCUCGCCGGCGCCCUGUUAUGCUGUGGCUCCGGGGACUGGCCGGGAGAGGUGCGCCAGCGCCGCGGCGGCGUGGGACACCGGGCAGCCCGCCACCCGGACGCACCGCCGCCCUCGCCCCCAGUGCGGCCCGUGGGCCCGGCAGCUCCUAAUAGGGACGCGGCCUUUGUUCUCUCAUCGGCCUCCCUUUACCGCGUUCCCACGGAAACCCCGGGCAGGAACCUCUGUUUUCCCAAAGGAAUCUCAUUCAUUGCUGUGGCUUUAAAAUAAUGAACUUCGGGGGUGCCUGAGUGGCUCAGUCGGUUGAGCAUCCGACUUCAGCUCAGGUCAUGAUCUCAUGGUUUGUGAGUUUGAGCCCUGUGUCAGGUUGUGUGCUGACAGCUCAGAACCUGGCGCCUGCUUUGGAUUCUGUGUCUCCUCUCUCUGGCCCUCCGCUGCUUGUGCUCUGUCUCUUUCUCUCUCAAAAAUAAAUAAACAUGAAAAAAAAAUUUUUUAAUAAUAAAAUAAUGAACUUCAGAUGACCCUACAUCUAUCUUCUAGUUCAAUUCUCUUCUGAUUUCUAAAUUGAUAUAUCCAAAUGCCUAUUUUCCAUUUCCACUUUAAUGUUUUAUAGACAUUUCACAUUUAAUACCGUAUGGUAUUGAAUCAAAGAACCUAUUGAUGGUAAAUCACAUUUAUCUCCACCAAGAUAAAAAAAAAAAAAUUACUGCCACUUGUACUAUGGCAUAAUGCUAAGAUACCCUUGAUUGUACAGUAUCUCAAUUUCAGAGAUGUUAGAAUUGGUUUUUAAAAUACUGCAGUUUAUUAGAAUAGCAUCAAAAAGAAUAAAAUACUUAGGAAUAACUUUACAAAGAAGUGCAAAACUUAUAUUCUAAAUGCUACAAAACAUUGUUGAAAGAACUUAAAGAAAACCUAAAUAAGUGGAAAGGCAUUCCAUGUACAUGGAUCAAAAAAUGUAAUAUUAUAAAACUAGCAAUAUUCCCCAAAUUUAUCUGCAGAUUCAGUGCUUCCCCUAUCAAAAUCUCAGCUGUCAUUUUUGCAUAAAUCAACAAGCUUAUUUUGAGAUUCACCUGGAAAUUCCAAGGAACUCGGGGUAAAAUAAGAAAUAGAUUUGGUCUUCAACCAAAGCUCCUAAACCCUUGGAAUUUCCUGAGUGAUAGGAGUGUCUUUUGUCAUUGAUAAGGAGCUCCUUUUGAGCUUACCUGAAUUUAUGCUAAUUCGUGGCUUAGGGUGGGGCUCCUAGAUGGUCUCCAGAUAAGACUGGUGAACAUAUCAAACAAGGGAGUAGAGGAUUAAAACUGUCUUUUUUUUUUUUUUAAUGUUUAUUUCUUUUUGAGGGAGGGGUGGGAGGGGCAGAGAGAGAGGGAGACACAGAAUCUGAAGCAGGCUCCAGGCUUUGAGCUUAAUCAACUGAGCCACCCAGGAGCCCCAAGGAUUAAAACUUUCAUCAACAAUAGCCAGACUAU